CAUCUAUGACGCAAUGUUCAGUCAGGGUAUUCAGUCAACGAUGACGUCACACUCAAGAUUUUCAUAGGAAUAGAUACAAUGUAUACUUUAUCCUACUCACCCUGCCCCCGCAAAUCGUGGCGAGGCGCUGACAGAGGAUAGGGGCGCUGACGUCAUUUGACUGGGAUCCCAUGUCACUUCUCCUCCUUCCCGUUAGCUAGAGUUGAAAGAGGCAGUCUGUCUCAGUCUGUCUAGCAGUAGGUUUUGUGUCCGCCCUCUCGCGCGUUGUUGACAGCAGCUGUCGGCCUUUCUAGUUUUCGCAUUAUUUUUUUGCGGAAAUGGGAGCGCGCAAUUCGUGGAAAUGUUCAACGGGUGCGUUUUUUAUUUUACUAACAAUUUUGGUUAACUGCAACGGUUAUUCUCUACGAGAAGUGGCUGAGAACAUCAAUGAAGAUUUUAUCACACCGCAUUACACGCAUUACGAUGAAUUGAAGGAGCUCAUACAACACUUAGCUGAAACCUACCCAAAUUUGGCCAAGAUUCAUUCUAUUGGAAAAUCCGUGGAGGGCAGAGAUCUUCUCGCUAUUGAAAUAUCAGAAAAUGUCAACAAUCGCGCUGUCGGAGAACCAAUGGUCAAAUAUGUCGCCAACAUGCAUGGGGAUGAGGCUGUUGGCAGACAACUGCUCGUUUAUCUUGCUCAAUACCUGCUGCACAACUAUGGAAGAAAUGAAAGAGUUACCAAACUCGUUAACACCACUGAUAUAUUCCUCAUGCCCUCUAUGAAUCCUGAUGGCUUUGAGAAAUCUCAGGAAGGACUCUGUGAAUCUAAGCCCGGGUUUGUUGGUCGAGAAAAUGCCAAUCAUGUGGAUUUAAAUCGAGAUUUUCCAGAUCAAUUUGAAAAAAGACCAAUCAAUCAGAGACGUGGCAGCAUUAUCAAUGGGAGACAGAAUGAAACUAUCGCUGUCAUGACUUGGAUAGCCACAGAACCAUUUGUUUUAUCUGGAAACCUUCAUGGUGGUGCUGUUGUAGCUAGUUAUCCUUAUGACUCCGGAAUACGACGAGAAUGUUGUAUAGAAAGCAAAUCUCCAGAUGAUGAAUUGUUCAAGCACCUUGCUCAUGCUUAUGCAGACAACCAUCCUACAAUGCGAGAAGGAAGUGCGUGUCCUCCAGAACGUUUCCCAGGAGGUGUUACUAAUGGCGCAUACUGGUACGAAGUUACCGGAGGUAUGCAAGAUUUCAACUACGCGCGCUCCAAUUCCUUUGAAGUUACGUUCGAGCUCAGCUGCUGCAAAUAUCCAUCUGCUGAUUCUAUGCCAGAACAAUGGAGACUCAACAAAGAAUCUCUUAUCAAAUAUCUUGAGCAAUCACAUAUUGGAAUUAAAGGCCUAGUAACAGAUGCAGAGGGUCAACCUGUCGAAGGGGCUAGUAUAGUGGUUGUUGGAAUAAAACAUAAUGUAUCGACUACAAAUCGUGGUGAAUACUGGCGCCUACUGCUGCCUGGUACUUAUUCAGUCUAUGCUGCUGCGUGGGGAUAUGAACCAAGCGAGCCAGUAGAGGUGACAGUUAAACCUGAGGGUGGACCAACCAUUUUAAACCUAUCUCUGAGUAUGGAACCAGAAGUAUCUGAUCAAGGUAAUCUUCAGGUACUGCCUAUUUCACCAAACGCCGAGGAAUCUAUCAGAUCUCGUGACGAGUAUGGCUUUUAUCACCCCGUCAAGUUCCAACACCAUAAUUACGAAGCUAUGAAAAACUUUCUGUUCGAGUUGAAUUCAAAUUAUCCAAAUAUCACGAGGCUCUAUGACAUAGGUAACUCGGUUCAAGGUAGAAAAUUGUAUGUGAUGGAAGUGACAAAAGUUCCUGGUACGCAUCAGCCUGGAAUACCUGAAGUUAAAUAUAUUGCAAACAUGCAUGGGAAUGAAGUAGUUGGGCGAGAAAUGCUGCUACUGUUAUUGGAAUAUCUUUGUCAAAAUUAUGGGACUGAUCAAAGAGUGUCGAAAAUUGUGAAUUCAACAAGGCUACACAUUAUGCCGAGCAUGAAUCCAGAUGGUUACGAAAUGUCGAGAUUAGGAGAUGUUUCCGGGGUCAAAGGUAGAAGUAACGCGAACGGAGUAGAUCUCAAUCGGAACUUCCCAGACCAAUACGAUGCGGAAACGCUUUCUAUGGAAGCUCGAGAACCAGAAACAGUAGCGGUCAUGAAUUGGAUCGCCGAAAUCCCAUUCGUUCUAUCUGCCAAUCUUCAUGGCGGUGCGUUGGUGGCAAAUUACCCAUUCGACGAUGCACCUGGUACUUUAAAUAGCGCACCUAAUCGCAGCCCAGAUAACGACGUCUUCACUAUGAUGUCAAAAACGUAUGCCGAUGCUCAUCCUCGCAUGCAUUUGGGUGAGCCAUGCCGAACAACUGGAGCAAGUGCCAGCUUGCUGGAGGAACGAUUCCCUGGGGGAAUAACAAACGGGGCUGCAUGGUACUCCGUAGCGGGAGGCAUGCAAGACUACAAUUAUAUGAACAGCAAUGAUUUUGAGAUCACUCUAGAGUUGGGCUGCACCAAGUUUCCGCUUGCCGACGAACUGCCCACGUUUUGGCUGCAAAACCGAGAACCAUUAUUAGCAUUUGUCGAAUUGGUGCAGAAAAGUGUACACGGGUUGGUGUUGUCCUCGAUUGGUAAUCCUAUUGGAAACGCAAGGAUUCAUGUGGAAGGAAUUGAGCAUGACGUUUUCGCUGCGAGUGAUGGCGAUUACUGGCGUCUGUUAGUUCCAGGCACAUACAACAUAACUGUUACUGCCGCUGGCUAUGAACCGCUAACUCAGACUGUAAUUGUUCCUAAAGAUGAAACUAAGAAUGGUGUAAGAGUCGACUUCACUCUGAUGCGAAAUGACCCAUUGCACUGGUCUUCUGCGUACGAUUUUCGAAUAAUUGCUAAUUUGGAAAAAGGUUUCCUUCAACACUCAGAACUGAGUGCAAGAAUGGCUCAAUUGGAAAAUCAUCAGCCAGAAGUGGCAGAGUUUAAGGCUGGAGACUCUUCAAUUAGUAUGGCCAUUCAUUCACUAAAAAUAACACACAAUAUAGGCGCACCAGAAGAAAAGAAAAUCCAUAUUGGUUUGAUUGGUGGACUUUACGCAUCACAACCAGGUGGUCGUGAAAUUUUAGAACGCUUAGCUACGCAUAUAAUUACUGCAAACAACAUUGGAGAUCCACCAAUGAAGGAACUUUUAGACAAUGUAGUUCUGCAUAUUGUACCUGGAAUUGAUCCAGGAUUCGAUAACGUAGCUGAUAAUUGCAAUCCAAUAGUGGAAAAUGAAGUAGGCAGCCAAUUCCUAUUGAGUUACAUUGAUAAAACUCGCAAGGUAGAUGCCGUAACUAAGGCUUUUGAAGAAAUGCUGAUGACAGAAAAUUAUGAUGUAAUUAUUAUCAUUGGCGGUGGUGCCAAAGAAGUUAGUUAUACAGCAGAUAAAUUCAACACUUACGAGACACUUGCUCGCCAAUAUGAAUCUCUAUUACAUAAAGAACAAUGUGGCAACAACGCUGAGCAUGCAAAUAUUCAGGAGCUUCAAAAUGCUAUCAAUAUGCAUUACAAUAUACCAGUGAUAACUCUAUCUGUAUCUUGCUGCAAAUACCCAUCACCUGAUUCAAUUCCAGCCCUUUGGCAAGAAAACUUAGUACCACUUAUUGAACUCUUGCAUGGCUUAGCAACAGGAAUUCAUGUUUCAGUUGCCAAUGCAGAGGGUCUACCCCUGCGCAAUGCCACGGUACAAAUUGAUUCUGCAUUGCCUUCAUAUUCUCUGACGAAGAAUAUGGCAUACUUCCAAAAGAUUUUACCACCAGGCAAUUACACCCUGACAUUCUUUUGCGACGGAUAUGAGUCAAAAUCAUUGGUUGCUGUAGUCCGUGCUAAACAGUUGACAAAUCUAAACGUCGUCCUAAAAAAAGUCGAAAAUGAAAAGCAUAUUGCAGAAGCUUACACCGAAGCAAUGGACAGUGUGACUAAAGUACUGAACGAUCUGAAUGGAAAAUACCCGAAAAUAUCAAAAUUGCACACUAUUGGUGAAAUGGAUGGUAAAGUGACAGUCAUGUCCUUAGAAAUUAGUGCACCAAGUCAGGAACUUCAAUUGUCUGGAGCUCCAUCCAUCUUGUUCUUUGCCGGAAUCGAAGAGCCUGCACCGGUCACUUCUCAAGUGCUUAUAGACUUUGCGACCCAUUUAUUAAGUAACUACCAAAAGAAUCCAGCUAUUACAGAAUACGUGAAUAAAUUCUCAAUACAUGUUGCUCCAAGUUUAAGUUCCAUAAAAAAUGUAACCGAAAGCUGUGCUCCGACCAAAUAUAACUCAGCAGAAUUUUCAACUACAAAGGGAUUAUCGGGCAAUGCUGAAGUGAUUAUAAAAUGGUUAAUAGAUAUAAAUCCAAUAUUAGCAAUCAACUUGCUAACUGGAUCUAUUCACGUUGAAAUACCGUUUGGUGAUAAAUAUGGAAAGUUUUCUGAUAAAGGGUAUGAAACCAAUGACGAAGAUGUCCUUAAAACUCUGGCUACAACCUAUACCAGUAGACACCCAAUGAUGUCUCCUGGCAAGAAGAUUUGUGAUACGGCAAUAAAUAUUGAUACACAAGGAGUAACGCACAGUGGAGUUGCUUUUGGAAAGCCUCAAAAAAAUUCUCUGAUCGAUUACGUCUAUCUGAAUACUAGCACAUUGAUGUUGAAUGCCUAUGUUGCUUGUUGCAACACCGAUCAUCCUUCUGAUGUCUGGUUGGAGAAUAAAGAGAGUCUCUUGGCUAUGAUUGCAUCAGUGAAUCAAGGAAUUUCCGGAUAUGUUAUAGAUGAAAAUAAUGAACCCAUACAUGGUGCCGAGCUGCUCUACGACGACUCGGUGCACCAUGUGUAUAAUGGUAAAACAGGCGCCUAUUGGAUUUUGCUUCCAGCUGGAUCACAUGCAAUCACUGCCCGAGUACCUGGCUAUUUGCAGGAUACAAAAUUGAUCACUACGCCAAAUAUUAAGAAGUUCACUUCUGUGAUGUUCAAGUUACAGAGGAAUCAAGAUGUCUUUGGUAUGCCAAGAAUUGUGUUCAUCAUUUUGACCGGUAUCAUUUGCCUUGGAAUUGUUGUGUCUGGAGUUUGUUGUUACGCAGGAUGUCAAAGCAUGAAUCGCAAAAGCAAAGAAAAUCGUAAGGACUAUGCUUUCAGUCUUCUUCCUGAUGGAUCGAGCUUCUUUGACGAUGAUGAAAAAGAAGUGAGCUUAUUCAAAGCUCCGUUGAAAGGAGAAAAUAGCGUCAAGCCGAAUACACAACCAUAUUUUGACCGAAUCCAUGCUUCUAAUUCUGAGGACGAAAGUGAUCUUGAAUUCAUUCGGCCAGAGGAGGAUUGGAAAGAGAAACUUAUGAGUGACUCUAAGUGAUUACAAUUCAAUUAUUACGAGCAAUUGACUGUGACAGUUGAACAUGUGUGCGUACUGCUCAAUCAGUUUUUUAUAAUUAUAACGAGUCUCGUGUCAUUUCGUUUCCACUAUCUAAUUAAUUCGCUACUCCCGUUCAGACAUAAUGAAAAUUACGUUAUAAUAGAUUUAUGAAGCCAGUUUUCUAGAAACUCUAUCGUUUAUUGUUAAUAAUUAUUGAGUUUCUGUUGAUGCAAAUAAUGUUACACAAUGACCGUUCCAAAACACCAUCGUUCCCAAAUUAUGUUCAGGUGCAGGGAUUUAGUGCUACAACGUGCCGAGCUAAUAUCUAGUAAUACCUAUUUUUAGUCUCAAACGGUUUUUCCUUGUUAUCAUUCCAUUUUUAUAUCACAACGAGCGCAUUAUGCUUACGCAUACCUCUGAGGCAUGGAUCUUUGUGAACAAACGUGAAGCGUGCCACCUAAAAGAUACUGCAAGGCAACUUUUAUCAAGGAAAAGCUUAUGUUUAUGCUAUUAUAGAUGAAAGUUUAUUUGCAGGCGAAAGAAUUUUUAGAUGCUCAUUCCAAUAAUAAUCGUACAUUCAGUAAUGCUUUUAAUUAUGUAUAAAAAGUUAUUGCCGACGCGAUUAAUCAGUCUACUAUGCUUAGACUUCUGAGUUUAGUAAGUUAGCCAAAUUAUGCUCGGGAUAAUUGUUUUUCAAUCAAAUGGGUAACUAUCUUCUACACUCUCCGAAGUAUCAUCCACUUAUAUUUUUUAGAGAGAUGAAUUUUGAUAUUCUUUUUCCCUCUCGUACACUAAAUAUCUACCAAACAACAAUAUUUUUUACAAUUAUUUCAAAUGUGGUAGCAAAUAUUAGCUGAUUAAUAAUGAUAUGAAAGCAACGGUCCAGCUUAUCCGUCAAUUCGAUUGUGACUGUGAUGAACAUUUUAUUUUAAGAUUUAACUAUUUGACAUAUCCGUGAACUAUGCAUGGUAUACAUACUAUAUAUUUAUAUAUAUACUCAUACGUCGUAUGAGCUUACAAACAAUAGCACUUUAUUUUUGAAUAUUUAGGCAUCUUUACAAGAAGAAUCAUGAUCUUUAUAUGUACAAUAUACAUUAACCUAUCGCAAUGGGAAAUAAAAAAUGUUUCAAGAA